AGGAGGAAGUGCGCGGGAAGAGAGCUGCCAGCGGUCCGUAGGCUCUCUUAUAGUUUGUAGGCACAAAGGUUUCUGUUACCGGCCGCUUUUUUGCCGUUUUUGUGCUUAGUUUUAGGAGUAAAGCAGGCCGGCUGUGCUUCUUUACCAUAGCGGUACACUGUUUGACCUGUGGCGCACUUGAACUCAACACAAGGCUGAACUAGCCUGACACUGACAGUUAGUUACUCACGAAGACUCAGUUUUCGUAGAUCAUGCUGAAUUAGUUAGUAUGAUUAUUAUAUAAUCAUGCAGUAACAAGACUUGAAUGACUUGUUAAGUGGGAUACAGCUGACUAAUGGUUCUUAUUGUUAUUGUAACAGUAAACUAGUUAUUAACACACAGCAGCAGCAACAGUAACUGCCACUGGUUAUUUGUAAACAGUCGCUGGUUAGUAUUGCAACCCAACAAAGUGAAGAUCAACAGAUCAGAUGCGUAUGUUGUAGUGUAACACCUUGGGGUAAAUUUAUUUAUAUUAUUCACCUGACUUCUUCAUCCAAGAUAACUUGCAGUUGUAACAUCUUAGUGCUUUACGCAGUAGGUUGUAAACUCUUACCAGUUCUGGGUAACUUAAGUACCUUGGCCAGGGGCACUACAGCAGGAGUGAGAUUGGGAGAGACAACCUCAACGCUGCAAGGUGUGGUUAUGAUGGACCCCGACUGUGCGGAGCUGCUGCCCCUGGUGUGCGAGGUGCUGGCCAACCCCGAUCGGGCCUUACCGGAUGACACUUGUCUGGAGAAACUGCUGGACUGGUUCGCAGCUCUAACGAACAAGGCACCCGGAUUGUCUUUGCUGGAGCUCAACCCAUGUCUGGUCAGUUUCAUAUCUAGUGUGUGCACAUCGAAAUCAGCAGAGCCUAGUGUUCUUGCCUUCGCUCUCAAGCUCGCAGGCCUUUUGGCUUCCAAUGAACGGGCUUUUCCGCUCCUAAAGGAAGAAGGCAUUAUGAAAAAUGCUUUUGAGUACCAGGGAUGGAUGGAAUCGAGCGUCUGGGAAGAUGCAACUGUGCGCAGCGGAUGGAUUCAUGGGCUGCAGAACGUGCUGAAACACUGGCAGGCCAUGCAGUUUGUGCUGGAGAAUGGGCUUCUAAAAGCUAUUCUGCGUUUGCAGUCUGACAGAAGUCUUUUUGUUGCCUCAGCUACAAACCAGCUUUUAGCUUGUAUUUUAACAUUCCCCACGUCGCCGGCUGGGCACCUUUCCGUGAAGGAGGCUCGCACGACUGAGCGGAAAAAUGAACGCAAUGCCUGCUGCGGCCACGAUUCCCCAGAGCGGAAUGAAGGCGCUGCGCAGAUAGUCGAGCAUGUGGAGGAAUCAUUAACGUCCAGAGUCCCUUUCCGUGCCCAUCAGUCUCUGAAGCUCAUAGCCCUGAGUCUCACUGGCUGUCAGCCACAUGUCAGAGAGGUGUUGUGGCAAAAGACAGUGGAGGCCAAGGAGAUGCUCAUGGGGAAUGGCCAAAGCUCCUUAGUGCAGCCAUUUCUGGAAGUGUUGCGUGCUGCUGCAAGGACCCAUUUGUUUACUGAAGGAAAUUUCGGUGUCGUGACACUCAUGGACGACGUGUUGUGCUCCUUAAAGCCUAUGUUAGCAGUUCCUUUUGCUACAGGGAUCAUCCAUCUGGAUAACUGCCCACAAACCCUAAAGAACAAGGCCACUGCCAUCAUUCUCCGACCCCUGGACCAUGUCGCAGCAUUAGUGCUUUCACAGAAAACAUGUUCAGGUGUGGUCAGAGAAUCUGACUUUGAGCAUUCAGUCUGGGAGGAGCAGUUAUCCCAGAAAUCAUCUUGUAUUUCCCUCCUUUGUCUGUCCCUGAGCGGCACAUCGGAGCUGCUGGGCCUGGAGUCCUUACGUGAGGACAUUUGUGUGCAGCCGGUGGUCCUUUCAGUAACUACUUUGCUGAAAAUAUGUGAGGGGGGUCCAUUUUUCACCUCCUCUUCGUCAUCCGUUAGCAGAGCUGUCAGAAAUCUGAUUGGUUGCUCAAGAGUUCAGAAGUGUGUACUGGACACGAUGGCAGCUCUUAGUCAUUGUCCAGGAAGUGAUGUUUAUGCUGAAGACAUCUUGAGUGUUCUGCUUUUGGUUUUGCAAAACCCUGAUACUGAUCAGAAUGUUUUCAAGAAAGCCCUUCAAACAGCUUUGAACUGGUUGUGCUCAGGUUCUCAGUCACGCUCAGUGAACUCUUUCCUUAAUAAAGAUGUGUUCCCCAUGUUGAAGAAGCGGCUUUGUGACGUUCGCUGGGAAGUUAGGGAUUCUUCCCUUGAAUUCUUGACCCAUCUCACCUUACAAUUGCAAGAAGACCUGAGUUACUGUGAAACCCUUUCAAGCAGUGGGAUCUGGGACUUCCUGAUGGCAUUGCUCAACGAUCCCGAGAGCUACGUUCGAGCGAGUGCAAUCUGUGCGCUUGGGCAGAUGGCCUAUGUCACCUGUCCAGUGAAAGGUCCCCCAUCAGGAUCAAGUGUACAGGAGGAGCUUUUUGUGCAUUUCGUGGAAAUUUUAGCCCAGGACACGGAAGGCUUCGCAAGAAGAGCAGUGAUAAAAGUUUUCUCCUAUUGGCUAAGACAUCCUCCUCUCCAGCCACUGGAGAAGAUGGAGAAACACCUGGGUACUGUGUUUCAACUCGGUAGUGAUGACUUGGAUUGGGAGGUCAAAGUCCAUACACUGGAACUGGCUCAGAUUGUGAUUGAUGAGAUUCUGGAAACAUCCAGCCAGACGUCAUGCCCCUAUUCCAUCAUUCCAUCUGCACGUUGCAAGGGGAGGGACCUCACAGAAUCACUCCGUAAACUGCAUCAUCUCAUGAUCUUUAACACACUUUUCAGUGGAUUGCUUGACUGCGACAGGCCUGUUGCUCAGCAGGCGUGCAGAAUCCUCCUGGACCUCAAAGAGGUCAUCAUUGACCACACUGAUAUUGUGGACAAGACUGUAGUCUUUGACCUGCAGGGAUGUAAGUGGGGUCAAGAUAUAUUGAAGAAACAUUUUGAAAAGCACAGCAUCACUACUGCCAUUCAGGUGUGUGUAGAUAUUGAGGAGUUGCUGCAGUCUCUGGAUCUGGAAGGCCGGCAACGGGCUUUAGAAAAGAGUAGCGAUCAUAUGGAAAACAGCCCUCGUUCCCUCAUGCAAGACAUUCUAGCAGCCGCUCACACCGUGGAGGAGAACAUUGUCGACUGUUACUGA